AUGUCUGAUUCAGAUUCUAAGACGGUCAAAUUUAAGUCGACUUUUGACUUGAAUAUUCACUCUAAAUCCUUCGUACCCAAAGCUCAGGAGUCUACCUCUAGCCAGGCCCCCGUAGCUGAGCCAAUGAAGAAGAAAAGAAGACCAAGAAGGCAUAAAUGUAAAGCAGAGAGACAGAAAAGGGAAGAGAAUAAAAAUGAGUGGCACAAAGAUGAGCUUAUUAAUUCACUGAACCAAUUUAAGGAUACUGCGCGGAGCCAUAGCAGAGGAGCAAAGAAAACUAAGCUAGCAAAUCAGAGUAGAAUUUCUAGGAAAGACAAGAAAGUAAGAGUCAAAAGUGCAAAGAGACUCUCUAAACCAUCAAGACCUCUGAACAAAUCCCAGCAAAAGCUUUCGAGAUCGACCCAUGACUUAAAGAAACAAGUUUCUGAGCCUCCUAAAAAGCGGACGAGAGAGGAGAUUUAUAAAGAUUUUAAGCAGAAAAGGAAGAUUAAGAACAUCGAAGUUAGUGAAGACAUUGAUGUUGCCUUUAAAGAGCUCCCGAAAAGACUCCGAACUCGUAUCACCAAGAAACAGAUGGAAUUCAUUAAGAACAACACUACCAUGGGGGACAUUAUCGGGCAUCUGAUGGAUAAUAACAAAAAAGGAAUUAUUAAAGCUCCUAAGGAGAAGAAUCAUAAGUAUGUUCCAGGCAAAAAUAUGGCCCAAGAGGUCAACCGAAUGAUUAACAAGAACGUAAACACUAAAGCUGGAAUGUCUGAAGCGCAAAUCAAGCAAAAGAAAAAUGAAAUGCUGAAUUAUUUCGUAGAUCGUCGGAAAAAGAAAAAGCCUACAGCGAUGAAAAAGGCCAAGCAAAAAGUAUUAGACCAACAGAAGGAGGAAGAGAAAGAAGAAGAAGCUGAAGGAGAGGAGUCUGAACAAGAGGUAGAUGAUGCUAAACCAUCUGAGCCUAAGAUACCAACAGAUCCAUUAGAGAAAGUCACUGAAUGUAUCACUAAAGGACUACAAGUAGACCCUUGCCUCGAACCCAGCAAGCAGGAUAUGGUGGUUCGUGACUAUGUCGAUCAUUUAGUCUGAAAAGAGAUCAACGACAAAGUGAAAUUUAUCAUCUUAAAGCUCAAAGAUUUCUAUAUCCACAGACUUAAAGGACCGAGUAAGAAGACUAGAACGGGAAGAAAAGUUGAAGCAAAGAAGAGGUACAGAUUUGGCCUUCAUGAAAUCCUUAAAUUAGCUGAAGUUGAAGAAAUCAAAAUGGUAAUAAUCUCCAGAAACAUCAUGAAAGUUGAUGAAAAAGGAGGAUUUGAUGAAUAUGUACAGAAAAUUAUUAGCCUAUGAAGAGCUCAAAAAGUCCCUGUAGUGUUUGCAUUCACGAAAUAUCAGCUAGGGAUGAUGUCUCUUAGAAAAGGUUUCAGUACUAGCAUUGUUGGAGUCACUGAUAUCCAUGGAGUGAUUCCUGAAGUUAGAGAAUUAGAAGAGAUGGUUGAAGAAAAGAGACAGGAGUUUUAUGAAAUAACAAAGCCAUAUCAUGAACUCAUGAAGCCCAACCCUUUCUUGGAGCAUUCACGGAUGACACUGGAUACCAAUCUCUAAUAUCUCAAUAAUUCUUG